AUGAAUAAGACUUUAGGAGAAGGAGCGCUGCUUUACUCGGUUUGUAUGCAAUGGCUUCUAACAUUCUCAAUUUUUGUGGCUGGAAUAACGCUGGAACGAUGUAUCUUGGCUACGAAUGGAAACGCAGUUCUGUUUGUCAUCAAUGUCAAAAAAGUAUCGGAUGACGUCAUAUCCCGUGAAUCGCGGUACUUCUUAUUCAUAACUCUUCUUUUUGCACUUUCAACGGUACUCUGUAUUGUCUAUCUCAUUGCACUGGCCUACUAUCGGAAGGAGAAAAGGUGA